AUGUGUAACACACCACCUUUGCAAGCUGAAGUUGCUGAGGAUGACCUGGUCAGGACGUCCUUCCAUAAUGCAGAACUGCAGAUGCUGCUAACUGAUGAGAAGCUGGUGGCUGCAGAGCUUCUAGAGCUGGCUCAAGAGCAAGCUGAAGCUGCUGAGGAUGACCUGGUCAGGACGUCCUUCCAUAAUGCAGAACUGCAGAUGCUGCUAACUGAUGAGAAGCUGGUGGCUGCAGAGCUCCUAGAGCUGGCUCAAGAGCAAGCUGAAGCUGCUGAGGAUGACCUGGUCAGGACGUCCUUCCAUAAUGCAGAACUGCAGAUGCUGCUAACUGAUGAGAAGCUGCAAGCUGAAGCUGCUGAGGAUGACCUGGUCAGGACGUCCUUCCAUAAUGCAGAACUGCAGAUGCUGCUAACUGAUGAGAAACUGGUGGCUGCAGAGCUUCUAGAGCUGGCUCAAGAGCAAGCUGAAGCUGCUGAGGAUGACCUGGUCAGGACAUCCUUCCAUAAUGCAGAACUGCAGAUGCUGCUAACUGAUGAGAAGCUGCAAGCUGAAGCUGCUGAGGAUGACCUGGUCAGGACGUCCUUCCAUAAUGCAGAACUGCAGAUGCUGCUAACUGAUGAGAAGCUACAAGCAGAUGAUGCAAAGGUCCAGCAUGAAAGGGAGCUCUCUCAGGCCCAUGAAGACCUAGAAAUGGCCAUCUGUGACCUACAGGAGGAAAAAAAGAGGAGUGCCCAGAAGCACAUCCUGAUAGAUGACUUGAAGGCUCAGGUCGCCAUUCUAAAGACAGGAGGGUCCUGUUUCAGCAGUAGAUAUGAAGCCAGAGCCCACGUCUCACUUGAAGAGGCAGAAGCGAUGGCAUACAGGAUCGCAGAACUGGAGGUCCUUUUGGAGGAGCAGCGGAAUGAAAACACCAAGCUGACAGCCCAGUUACAACAGUCUGAGGAAGAGAGUCUGCCAGAUAACACAGAACAACAAGACCACUCUUUCCUGCCCGAGUGCUUCCUGGCUCACAGCGCCUCGCCCAUUGAUGAGGAAGAGAUGCUGCCAGCAGACAUGGAACACAAAGAGGACUCUUUCCUGCCUGAGUGCUUCCUGGCCCGCUGCCCCUCACCAAUGAAUGACAAGGAGGAAGGGCUGCCAGCAGACAUGGAACACAAAGAGGACUCUUUCCUGCCUGAGUGCUUCCUGGCCCGCUGCCCCUCUCCAAUGAAUAACAAGGAGGAAGGGCUGCCAGCAGACAUGGAACACAAAGAGGACUCUUUCCUGCCUGAGUGCUUCCUGGCCCGCUGCCCCUCACCAAUGAAUGACAAGGAGGAAGGGCUGCCAGCAGACAUGGAACACAAAGAGGACUCUUUCCUGCCUGAGUGCUUCCUGGCCCGCUGCCCCUCUCCAAUGAAUAACAAGGAGGAAGGGCUGCCAGCAGACAUGGAACACAAAGAGGACUCUUUCCUGCCUGAGUGCUUCCUGGCCCGCUGCCCCUCUCCAAUGAAUAACAAGGAGGAAGGGCUGCCAGCAGACAUGGAACGCAAAGAGGACUCUUUCCUGCCUGAGUGCUUCCUGGCCCGCUGCCCCUCACCAAUGAAUGACAAGGAAGAGAUGCUGCCACCUGACAUGGAAUGCAAAGAGGACUCUUUCCUGCCUGAGUGCUUCCUGGCUCGCUGCCCCUCACCAAUGAAUGACAAGGAGGAAGGGCUGCCAGCUGCCAUGGAAUGCCACGAGGACUCUUUCCUGUCUGAGUGCUUCCUGGCCCGCUGCCCCUCACCAAUGAAUGACAAGGAGGAAGGCCUGCCAGCAGACGUGGAAUACAAAGAGGACUCUUUCCUGCCUGCAGAGUGCUUCCUGGCCCGCUGCCCCUUACCCAUGGAUGCCGAGGUAGACAGACAGACAGCUGACACUGAACAAGACUUGAGCCCACGAGUAGAGAGUAAGGGAUUAGCCAAAUGGUUGAAAAAAGCAAAGAGGAUGUUAUGCUGUUGCAACAGUGUGAAAGAGGAUUAAGAACAUAAUAGUGUAUAAUAUAUAUUUAAUAAUGUAAAUGAUCUGUAAACAUAUAUGCUGUCAAAGUGAUGGUAUCAUAUAAUAUACUGCAAUGUGUUUUCCAGCGGUCUUAUUUGUAAACAAGGAGAGAUCUGAAAUAAUUGUAUAAAAAAAGAAAUGAAAAAUAUAAUAUUUGUAUGGCCAAUUUUAUCAAACAUUUUUAACAUGAGAGAGACUCUAUUUUCAUGCCCAACAAUUUUAUGUCUGUCAUAAGCAUUGUCUGUGAAGGGGAGAUGCAGUCUGACAAUACAUGUGUGUAGUGUGUACAAG